UUCAUGUACUGAUCGCAGGCUAUCUAUAUUUCUUUGAUUGCAUCUUUUGCCAAUCUCGUAGUCCCUGAAGUGGAGUAUUACUCUUAGCCCUUGGAGGGAAAGAUCAAAUAAACUUGCAGCAUGAUACUGAGUCGAAUCAAAGGGAUACCACCCUGGCUGAGCGCCUCGGUUAUUGCAGCAUGUAGUGCGAUGUGUUUUGGACUGGAUACGGGCACUAUAGGCUCGGUAACCAGCAUGUCCUCUUUCCUGGACACGUUUGGCGAGCUCUCAGCCACAGUCCAUGGUGUGGUCGUCUCUUCCAUCCUCCUCCCCGGCGCCCUCUCGGCUCUCUUUGCGGGCAUACUGGCGGACCGAUGGGGCCGCACGCGGACUAUCACCAUCGGAUCCGUCAUCUUCGGCCUCGGGGCGUCUCUCGAGGCGGCCUCCUUCUGGCUGCCCAUGUUUAUUGUCGGCCGCCUUAUCAAAGGAGUGGGAGAAGGUUUUUUCCUCAGCACAGCAUACGUAUACGUUUGCGAGAUCUCGCCAGCGCGGAUACGGGGCGUCAUGGCGAGCGUGGUGCAGAUGGUGAUAGUUUCGGGCCUCGUGCUCGGCUUUUUCAUGUGCUACGGCACCGAGCGCCUCCCAGGUUCACUCUCGUGGAGGCUGCCCAUCACUGUACAGGCCAUCGUCGCUUUCUCCAACGCCGCCUGUUGCUCGGUCAUCCCUCCCAGUCCGAGGUGGUUGCAGGCGACGGGCCAUGCGCAGCAGGCCAGGGAGAUCAGCGCCCAGCUGGGGCUCGACGAGGCAGAGCAGGCAGAGCUGUUCUCUCAGGCUUCCAUCGAGCCCCUCGAGCACUCCCCCGAUAUUUCCUUCUGGCAGGACCUCCAGCACACGGCUCGCGGCUUCAAGGAGACCUUCUCAGCCCCCUUUCGGGCGCGCACCCUCUUUGGCAUUUUUCUCAUGGCCAUGCAGCAAUUCAGUGGCAUCGACGGAGUGCUGUACUAUGCGCCUAUCCUGCUUCGGCAGGCGGGUAUCGCCUCCCAGCAGGCCAGCUUCCUCGCCUCGGGCGUGAGUGCACUCGUCAUCAUGGCGGUCACCAUUCCCGCAACGGUUCUGGCUGACAAAUGGGGACGCAAGACGUCGACUGUGGUCGGGGGGUCGCUGAUCUUUGUGCUGAUGCUGCUUAUCGGGUCGCUGUAUGCAUCGAGCCAGGUUCAUCGUGAUCACGGCGCCGGAAGGUGGGUUGUCAUUGUGAGCAUAUACCUCUUUGCGGCGGUGUUUAGUUUUACGUGGGCUAUUGGGUUCAGGGCGUACUUGAUUGAGAUGUUGCCACGCAAGACGAGGAGCAGCGCAGCCAGUUUAGCGCAGAGUAGUAAUUGGGUGGCUAAUUAUAUUGUGGCUCUCACGACGCCCGUUUUUAUCGCCACGUCGAGCUUUGGUGCUUACUACUUCUUCGCCUUUUCGACCUUGCUUUGUACGGUUGUCUGCGCGGUGCUGAUGGUGGAGACGAAGGGGCAUAGUCUCGAAGUUAUUGAAAAACAAUAUGCGGAGCGGCAGUCCACGAGUGAGGGGAGUUGGUACCUGGAGAAGUUGGGAAUUAAGGGAUCGAAUAUGAGGAUGAAGGUCGUUCGGGUUGGGGCCAAUGAGGGGUGAGCGGGUUCGAUGUAGGGGCGAUGAUAGUCUCUGGGGAAAGUGAGAGGCGUGUGUGGUGCUAAUAGGGCUGGGAACAACUGCUCAUAUAUGCUGUCAUGUCGCGAACCCGAUCGUGAUAGUUUGAGCGGAACUUUUGGUGUGAGACGCACCGGCCGAUGUGUAGUUUUGGAGUCGCCAACAGCUAAGUGAAAAUGAAGUUACGUU